ACUCUUAGCUUGGGAAAUAGAGUGGAAUGCAAAAUAGGAAAGCUUAAAGGCAGGUAAUUUAGGUCCAAGCCACCAAUCAAGGCACUGACCUUGGCGCAACUCCGUAUUCAGAAAUCAGAAAUCCAAUGGGGCCAUGAAGGCCAGUGUAUAAAGUGGUCAUUUCAGUCGAGUUUGAAUUGGAAGAAAAUAAAAUAAAAAAAGAAAAACAUUUGUUUCCUUAAAUCCAUCCCGCCUGCAGAUCUUCCUCUGAUCCCAUCUCAUUGUUGUAUGCAUCCAAGCAAAGCCAAUACAAGAAAGAAGAUUUGAAGAAUACCACCAGCAGCAGCAGCAGCAGCAGCAGCAGCAAACAUAACAGCAUUAUGGCAGAAGGAGGGACAACCUUAGAGUACACUCCCACAUGGGUUGUGGCAGCGGUUUGCUCUGUUAUUGUUCUCAUUUCUCUUAUUGUUGAAAGAUUCCUUCACCUCCUUGGCAAGUUAUUGAAGAGAAAACACCAGAAACCGCUCUUUGAAGCCUUACAGAAAAUCAAAGAAGAGUUGAUGCUUUUGGGGUUUAUAUCACUGCUACUGACAGUGUUCCAAGGCAGAAUUAACACUAUCUGCAUUUCUGAGGAUUUGUCUAAGAAAAUGCUGCCCUGCAAGAAAGAAACUAAAGGAACUACUGCCCACUUCCAGGCUUUCUUUUCCUUCUUUCCUGGUGGGACUUCCCGUCGCCUAUUAGCCGAGGACUCCCCCGCUAAUUCUUGUCCCGAGGGAAAGGUUCCUAUGUUAUCUACAACAGCACUGCAUCAUCUUCAUAUAUUUAUCUUCGUGCUUGCUUGUGUGCAUGUGGUUUUCUGUGCUCUAACCAUUCUUUUCGGAAGUGCUAAGAUAAGGCAGUGGAAACGUUGGGAGGAUUCUAUCUCGAACAAGGAACAAGAUCCAGAACAAGAUGUUUUUUCAGCUCAAGAUCCAAAGCUUACGAAUGUUCAAGACCAUGAUUUUAUCAAGACACGCUAUCUGGGUUUUGGAAAGAAUUCUUACUUUCUGGGUUGGGUGCAAUCAUUUUUCAAGCAGUUCUAUGCAUCGGUAACAAGAUCUGAUUAUAUCACAUUGCGACUUGGCUUCAUUAUGACUCAUUGCAGGGGAAACCUAAAGUUUAAUUUUCACAAAUACAUGAUGCGAGCCCUUGAAGCUGACUUUAAGAAAGUUGUUGGAAUAAGCUGGUAUCUUUGGUUAUUUGUGGUUCUUUUCUUGUUGCUGAAUGUUGCUGGCUGGCAUGCAUAUUUCUGGAUUGCAUUCAUACCCUUCAUCCUUCUACUAGCCGUGGGAACUAAGUUGGAGCAUGUAAUCUCUCAGUUGGCCCAUGAGGUCGCCGAGAAACAUGUAGCAGUCCAAGGGGAUUUGGUUGUUCAUCCUUCAGAUGAUCACUUCUGGUUCAACAAGCCUAAAAUCGUUCUUAUUUUGAUCCACAUCAUUUUAUUCCAAAACUCUUUCGAAAUGGCAUUUUUCUUCUGGAUAUGGCUACAAUAUGGUUUCGACUCCUGCAUAAUGGGACAAGUUAGUUAUAUUAUUCCAAGACUCGUUAUAGGGGCAUUCAUUCAGUUGCUCUGCAGUUACAGUACCCUACCACUCUAUGCAAUUGUGACACAGAUGGGAAGUUCAUUUAAGAAAGCAAUAUUUGAUGAACAUGUUCAAGAAGGGCUUGUGGGUUGGGCUAAGCAAGCAAAAAAGAAGACAGUGUUGAGAAAGGCUGCAAAUGAAUCUACCCAUAACCAAGUCGUUCACAGAGAGGAGUCUCCUCUGAUUCAGAUGGCAAAGGCUGGAUCAAAGUAGACUGCAACGGAAGAGAACAAACCAGGAGAGAUUGUACAUGGAACUGCAUACUAUGGAACUAAAUGAACUACCUUGGAGGCACUCAGAAACCGAUUUACCUGCCAACUCUGUAAUAUAUAGUAGUAUAUAAGCUGAGAGAGUCGAUGUUUUUGACAUUAGACAGCUAGAAAAGAAGGGUUGCAAUAGAUAUCUCACCUGGAACUUGGUUUUACCAACUAAAUCUAUAUUCCAAGUUCCAGAUUCACAAACAAUUUUGUAAGAUUUUGCUUGUGUUGGUAUAUUCAAGAAUUCCAUUUUCAAAAAACAA